AAAUCAUCAUCUGCACCACUGGGCAGGACACCGGUGGGACGGAGCAUGUGUCCCUUCACCGCUGCAGGACUUUAGCUGGAGAUAUAUUUGUGUCUGGAUUUUUUGUGUGCUUCCAAAUAGCAGGAGGGCUCGCCGAAGUGUGGACCAUGAGGCUACCUGUGGAAGUGUGCGUGUUCCUCAUCUCCCUGCAGGCGCCUGCUGUUUUGUACGCCAUGAACAACAUCCCCGCUCUUCAGGAGCCUUUGGCCAUCCUGGGAACGGGAGCGGUCGUCCUGGGGACUGUUCUUCUUCUCCUCUUCCUCACUGUGCAACAUAAGCAGACGGUGGAUCCUUUAUUUUAUGUGUUUGCAGAGUUUUCCUUCACUUGCUUGGCGGGUCUGACGAAUGCCCUGGAGCAGGAAGGCUUUAUAUCAGGCUUCAUGGGCUUCUACAUCAAGAUGGGUGAGCCUCAUCUGAGUACUGCCUAUGCUGUGAUGAUGUCAUACUGGGAAGGCGUGGUUCACUUGGUCCUUAUCCUCACCAUCAUUCACCGCAUGUUCACAGGGAAGUCCUACCGCAGUCUAGCUGUGCUGUGGGCGGGAUCCUCCAUCAGCCAUCAACUUGUUCACAUCCCUGGAGUGGUCGUAGGUAAAUACGGAUCUAAUAUUCGUCCAGCUUUUUGGAGGAACGCACCCUUUUUUCUAGCACCUUUUUGGGCAGCUUCCGUCCUUUUUAGCAGGCCCAGUGAGAUGCCAAUCAUCACAGCAGACAAGAUUGUAGCAGAGCAAAGGAAAGGUCUCCUGUCUCGACCUAUUGACCUCCAGCUCGCAGUGUUGCUACUCGGAAUCGUGGCCUUCUCUCUUUUUAGAGGCUUUGUGGUGCUGGACUGUCCCCUAGACUCCUGCUUCACUUACAUUUAUCAGUAUGAACCUUACCUCAAAGAUCCAGUCGGCUUCCCCAGGAUCAUGAUGCUGGUCUAUUUGUUCUAUGCUGUGCCCCUGCUGAUAGUUCUCAUCUACGGUCUAAGAACACCAGGCUGCAGCUGGAUGCUGGACUGGUCUCUCUUCUUUGCCGGAGCCACAUCCCAGGCCCAGUGGUGCCACAUUGGAGCAUCUCUGCACUCCCGCACCUCCUUCACAUACCGAGUCCCAGCAGACAAAUUGGGGUCGGUUAUCACCCUCAAUGUGCUGCUUGCCGUCAUUCCGGCUCUGCUGGCAAUGCGCUGCCACACCAAUCCUUCUUAUUUCAUGAAAGCCGUUCCCAGAGGACAGAGCAAUGGCGAGAAGAAGACAAACUAGACCACCAAGAGCAGCCUAAAGGGUUCUCCGCAGGUGCUCCCUUUGUCAAGACUAAUGUCUCAUGGAAACCUGGAGGAAAGCCGCAAAUGUUUUUUUUUUUUUUUUUUCGUGAGUGAGUCACCUUGUGCAGCACUCCCUGCAUGGACUGCUGGACCCUGAUAAGAAGGCCCUUGGCGGGGGUUAGGACUGUGAUCAGAUAGCGCAUCUUUCAGGUGACCCAUGCAAACAUCCACUUCGCAGAUCUUAAAUGACCCAGCAGUUGAUUGCUUUGUCUCCAUACAGUGCAUCUGAAUAACUGAAUAGCUUUAAUUCAGUGCUGAGAUGUAAGCGACUCAUUAUCCCAACUGUUUCAUCAGCUUUUUAUACUGAACAAUAAAAGGUGAAUAACAUUACCACACACUCCACCCGUGAGCUGGUUAGUUCCCUCUGGUUCAGCAUUAACACACUAACACUGCUUUGACUGGACUUGAACUUUCACCCCCUGAUGAUGUCAUGCAUUACUGAUAAGAGGUGAACCCUGGAUAGAAGUGCACUGUGACACUCAACAAGCAGUCACAUGACAUGUCAUGCAUCGUUUUUGUGUGUGUUACGUUCGGUGUUGCAUGUUUAAUUGCUGCAAUUUUUCAAAUGGUCUUAAAAUGUUGAUGAGGAGUUUCCUCAUACAGUAACACCCGUGUACGAAUUAGACAAUAACAACACAAUAGAUGACACAAUACUGUAGUAAAUGAUGUACAAUUUUCUCUUUAUUAAGAAUGAAACACAACAGCGGGACGAAAAAGUCAUAAGAACACCAACAAAGGCAGAAGACUUCGAAUAUCAAAGACAAAAAAAAAAAAAACCUAACAAAACUUGGCACAUUCUAGUAAAUAUAGCCAUGCAAUGAAUGACUGGAAGUAGUUUGAAGCAAUUUAGGUACAAUGAAGUGGAGUGAAAUAAUCCUGCCCACAUUAUCAAUCGGUCAAGCUGUCAAUGACACUCGGAGAGUGCUUGAGGAGCUCUAUCUGACUGGACAAGGUCCAGCUAUUUAUUGAUUCCACAUCAUCCAGUAAACACCACAAUAUGUACAACACUCAGAUAAGAGACCGAUUCAUGUUCCGGGCUGAUUGUAUGCAGAACUUGGGUUAGAAAAAAGAAGUGGGAAAAAACCCAAACAUAAGCGUAUCUUCACUAGUAAUAAAUAGAACAUGACACAAAAGCGA